AGUGCCAAAAUCACAAAAAAAUUGAAAAAAAAGAAGCCAAAAUUAUCCUUGAAUUGUUGUUUGUUGUCAUUCUCAAAUCCUCAUCAUCAUCAUCGCAAUUUUGUUUGUUUGUUCAAAAUAAAUAUUGUCGUUUGAUCGGCUCACUCGCUCGCUCGCUCGCUCAAAUCAUUAUCAUUGGCAUUCAAAUUCAUGGCCACGAAUUUUCAUUCAUUCAUUCAUUCAUUCAUAUUUUUCUACUUCUUUGAUUUUGUUUUGUUCGUGUUGAAUCAAUUGAAAUCAAUUUAAUUUCAAUGUUAAACAGCAUCCAUCUUUUCUAUAUAUGUGUGUUUCGAACGAAUAAUGAAUUUUUAAUUCGAAUCCAAAAAAAAAUAAAGUGAAUCAAAUAUAUCCCAAACCAAAUAGAUUUAUUUGGUUUAACAUUUUUUCUUGGUUUAAAGUAUUGAAAAUAUCAGCAAAAGAAAAACGAAAAAAAUCCACAAAAUGAAUCUAACAAAAUUAUCUUUGUUUAUCAUCAAAUUGAUGAUCAUUUCGAUGAUAAUAAUGGUCAAUGGUAAUCAUCAAUCAUCAUCAGCUUUACGAAGGAUAAAUCGAUCAACAGAUAAUCUUUCGACAGAAACAACAAUGUCAUCGUCGACAAUGUCAUCAUCAACAAAUGAUGAUGAUAUUGAAAUGGAAAAAAAUUCACGUCCAUCAAGACAAAUACAAACAUCGACGACAACAAAUCCAACAACAAUGGAUUCUUCCGAUGAAUCUCAUUCAUCCUCAUCAUCAUCAAUGAAGCCUGAAGAAUCUGGUGAAAAUGAUGAAAAUAAUAACGAAAAUGAAGAAGAAGAUGGCGAUGAUCCAUGGGCCGAUGUUGAUGAUGAUGAUGAAACAAUAUUAAAAUCGGGAAAAUUAAAUAUUGUUGAUCAAAUGAGACAGUUAAGAGAAGAAGGUCGUUAUAUACCAUAUGAAAUAGAAACAGAUCAUAUGAAUGAAACAAUAAAACGUGUUGUAGCUGCAUAUGAAAUUAUUGAUCAAUUUUAUUUACCAUCAAGAGAAACAUGGGAAAAAUUACUUGGUUUAGUUACCGGUUUAGAUGUAACCGUUCAACCGGAAUGUUUUGCAUCAUAUUUUCAAGGUGUUAGCGGUUUUCGUGGCUAUGAAACAUGGGCAUAUCGAUUUUUGGAUGUACGUGGAAGAUUUCCCGAAUCCGGUACAUUACAUGGAAAAUUUUCUAGUUUUGGUGAAUGGGAUGAAUGUUUUGAAUUAGAAUCACCACAAAAUUCGGCAACAGGUUUAACAGUAAAAUCACAAUAUUGUAUGUUGGAAGUAAAAAUCCCAUAUCCUGUUGUUAAUAAUAUUGAAGAAUUACGUCAAGUUGUUGAUGUAAAUCAUCCAUGGUUUAUGAAAAUGAAAAAAUAUCUUAGAAAUUUUCGUCUACAUAAUUUAUUUACACCAUAUAAAUUGAUUGAAAUGUUACAAAUGACUAAUGGUACUAUUUAUCGUGCCGGUCUUUGUAUACCACAUCUUUGUAAACAAUAUGAAAUUGAAAAUCUUAUACAAAAUUUAACUUAUCCAAUAUUUCGUAUGCCAUUACAAUUGGGACCAAAAUGCUAUAAGAUUGAUGAUCCGGUAAAAUUUAAACCACAUCAACUUGUUGCUGCAACAUUAAUAACCGCAUUGAUUGCAUUUGUCAUAUUAUGUACAAUCAUUGAAUUUUACAAUAUUAAUUAUGAUCGUACAACAGCAAAAAAUAAUCUAAAAUUGGGCAACGUUAUGUUUCAACAUGAUUUGAUUAUGAAACCAAAUCUAUUUCUUUAUUCAUUUUCAAUGAUAACAAAUAGCCGUAGUCUAUUCAAACAUUCACGAUUCAGUUCAUUAGAUUCGAUGAAAUUUUUAUUUAUGAUCUAUAUACAUCUUUAUAAUUAUUUUAAUCUACAAUCAACAAUCGGUUAUGUUUCAUUGAAACGUAUAUUUACAACAUAUCCAGCAUUAUCAAUGCGUAGUGAUCGUUAUACAUGGUUUCGUACGACAUUACCAUUUGAACCGAUAUUUAUAAUCAGUGGUCUUGUUGUUGGUUUUAAUAUACAUCAAAAAUUGAAAGGAUCAUUCACAAAAAAUAGUUAUCUACUUUAUGUUGCACGUUUAUGGGCACAAUUUGCAACAACAUUUAUUGGUUCAAUGUUAUUCAUAUAUUUAUUGCCGGUUAUGAAUCGUGCACCUGUUUGGGAAAAUGGAAUGUCAUGGCUAGAUGGUUGCCUUAAUCCAAAUAUUAUUCUUAAUGGUUUAUUAUUCAUUUCAAAUUAUAAUGUACAAAUGGGUUCGAUGGGUGGACGUCAUGCGCCAAUACUACCUGUGUGUAAUCCACCAACAUGGAUGACAUCAGCAUUGAUACAAUUAUUGGUUAUUGCACCAAUUAUUGUCUAUAUUGCCUAUCAUUUAAGUAAACGUGGUGCAUACAUCUAUUUUCUGUCAAUCAUAGUUAUUGGUUUUCUAUUGAAUUUAUUACCAUUUGUUGUGUUUGGCAUAAAACCGGAUGUACAUUUUCUUGAAUUCGAUACACUUUAUGAAACAAUUCAAUCACAUGCAUGGUAUCGUUAUGGUACACAGGCAUAUAUUGGCUGUUUUCUAAUGGGAAUUAUGGCUGGCUAUCUUCUAGUCGAUUUUAAAAUCUUAUUACGAUUUGAAAUUGAAACAACUGUAUUGGUUGUAUCAUUUAUAUUGAUACAAAUAUCGAUUGCUGUUAAUAAUGUAUUCUGGCGAUUAGAUCGGCCACCAUCAUUGAUAUUAUCAUUAACAUGGUAUACAUUGAUACGUUUUCUUGGUUCAGUUGGUUUUACCGGUAUAUUCUUUUUGAUUGCAUCAAAUCGUUGCAGUCUAUUCAAUCGAUUCCUAGAAUGGACACCAUUACGUUCAAUGUCUCGUCUUGCUUAUUCAUAUUUUAUGGUUCAUAUAUUGGUUGUUUUCUAUCGUAUUUUCUCAACAAAAGAUGUUCAAUCAAUGACUGAUUCAAUGAUGCUACAAAAUUUUAUCAUCGAUGUUAUGUUUACAUUAUUAUUGGCCUAUCUAUUCUAUUGUAUGAUUGAAUGUCCAUGUGUAAACAUAUUGAAUUGGAGUCAAGGAAAAAUAUUCUAUGAUAUUGAACAUGUACAAUCAAAUGAAAAAUUAUCAUCAUUACAGGAUAAAAAACAACAUUCAACAUCAUCAAUGAUGAUGAUGGCAAAUGGUGGUGGUGCUGGAAAUCCAUUACAAAUGAAUAAUGUAUCCACAGUAAAUGAUUCACUAGAUCAAUUAAAUGUUUCAUCACCAACAUUGGUUGCAAAUAAUAAUAAUAAUAAUAAUAAUAAUAACAAUAAUAAUAAUGGCUAUACAAAUAGUGCAUAUGUUAGUAAUGGUGAAUUAUCAUCAACACCACCGUUAAAUGAUCGGCCAUCAUCGACAACACCUCAACAACAAAAACCAUCUAUCAUUAUUACUGAUCAAUCAAAACCUAAAGAAGAUGUUGAAUGUUAAAAAAAA